AUGGCCAACCUCAAAGAUGUCGAGGUUCCACAAGAAUCCCACAGGGAAGAAAAGAAUGACGUCCACGAGAUGGACGACGUAGCCGACCAAAAGCUGGAGAGCCUCAACGAGACCGCCAUGAACGCAGAACUGGCCCAGCUCGAGGACCAGCUCAGCGUAUUCCCCACAUCGCGCUUUGACUUGAAGAUGUCCAGCCCGGCCAUGUUCACUUGGAUCCUCGUCGCUUUCGCUUCUAUGGGUGGUAUGCUGUCUGGUCUCGACCAGUCGCUGAUUAGUGGUGCCAACCUCUACCUCCCCGACGACUUGGGCUUGAACACUUCCCAGAACAGUCUUGUUAACGCUGGUAUGCCGCUCGGUGCUGUGGCUGGUGCUUUGAUUCUCUCUCCUGCCAAUGAGUAUCUCGGUCGUCGCAUGGCUAUCAUCGUGUCGUGUAUUCUGUAUACAGUCGGUGCUGCCCUGGAGGCUGGCGCUAUCAACUUCGGAAUGAUCUUCGCUGGUCGAUUCAUUCUCGGUGCUGGUGUCGGUCUCGAAGGUGGUACUGUCCCCGUCUAUGUCGCGGAGUGUGUUCCCCGCAAAAUCCGCGGUAACCUCGUCUCCCUCUACCAACUAAACAUCGCCCUAGGCGAAGUCCUCGGCUACGCUGUCGCCGCAAUGUUCGUCAGUGUCCCCGGAAACUGGCGCUACAUCCUAGGCUCCUCCCUCGUCUUCUCAACAAUUCUCUUUAUCGGCAUGCUCUUCCUCCCCGAAAGCCCCCGUUUCCUCAUGCACAAGGGCCGCGAAGUCGAAGCCUACGGUGUAUGGAAACGUAUUCGCGGUUUCGGGGAUCUCGAAGCUAAAGACGAGUUCCUCGGUAUGCGCCAGGCUGUCACUGCCGAACGCGAGGAACAGGCUCAGACGAAGCAGUAUGCCUGGGUGGACUUCUUCACCGUGCCCCGUGCCCGUCGUGCUAUAGUCUAUGCCAAUAUUAUGAUCUUCCUUGGCCAGUUCACUGGUGUUAAUGCUGUUAUGUACUACAUGUCCACGCUGAUGAAGGAUAUCGGCUUUGAGAGUCGCGAUGCCGUCUACAUGUCUCUCGUCGGGGGUGGUGCCCUGCUUAUUGGCUGUAUCCCCGCUGUCUUCUACAUGGAAUGCUUCGGUCGUCGGUACUGGGCUAACUGUAUGCUGCCGGGCUUCUUCAUCGGUCUCGUUCUCGUCGGAGUGGGAUAUCAAAUUGAUCCUGUUGCGCAUCCCAGAGCUGCACAGGGCAUUUACCUCACUGGUAUCAUUCUCUACAUGGGUUUCUUUGGUUCGUACGCUUGUCUGACGUGGGUCGUGCCCUCCGAGGUUUUCCCUACAUACCUGCGUUCGUAUGGUAUGACCACUGCCGACGCGAACUUGUUCUUGUGCUCGUUUAUUGUUACUUAUAACUUCAGCCGCAUGAUGGAGUCCAUGACCCGCAUUGGUUUGACGCUUGGGUUCUACGGUGGUAUUGCUGUCCUCGGUUGGGCUUAUCAAAUCAUCUUCAUGCCUGAGACUAAGAACAAGUCUCUCGAGGAAAUCGAUGAGCUCUUCUCGUUGCCGACUUCUGUUAUUGUUAAGCGCAACAUGAAGCAGACUGCGCAGGUUAUUCGGGAUUUGUCACGUUUCCGCUUGAAGAAGGUCUUCUCGCCAGAGCCUUACAAAUAG